AUGGGCAAAGAAAUAAGAAACAUUAUAGAGGCAGCCAUAGCGACCAGCCAGAAUGGCAUGAUCUUGAAGCCCCACUUCUGCAAGGAUUGGCAGCAGCGAGUGGAUACUUGGUUCAACCAGCCAGCAGGCAAGAUUCGCAGAAGCAAGGCCCGGCAGGAGAAAGCGUGCCGCGCUGCCCCUCGUCCGGUUUCCGGUUUCCGGUCCGGUCCCAUCAGGCCCAUCCUGAGGUGCCCUACAGUUAGAUACCACACCAAGGUGUGGGCUGGCAGGGGCUUCAGCCUGGAGGAACUCAGGGUGGCUGGUAUCCACAAGAAAAUGGCUCGUACCAUCGGCAUCUCUGUGGACCCAAGGAGGCGAAAGAAAUCCACGGAAUCACUGCAGGCCACCAUGCAGUGCCGGAAGGAGUACUGCUCCAAGCUCAUACUUUCCCCCAGGAAGCCUUCUGCUCCAAAGAAGGGAGAAAGUUCUGCUGAAGAACUUGAACUGGCCACCCAGCUGACGGGACCUGUGAUGCCUAUCCGCAAUGUGUACAAAAAGGAAAAGGCCAGAGUCAUUACAGAAGAAGAGAAGAACUUUAAGGCUUUUGCCAACCUCUGCAUGGCCUGUGCCAAUGCGGGGCUCUUUGGCAUCCGAGGAAAAAGGACGAAGGAAGCUGCAGAGCAAGAUGUUGAGAAGAAAAAGUAAUUCGUGGUUGGAGAACUGCAGUAAA